AUGUUUCCCAUCUCCUUCAACGCCUUCGGCGACAUUGUCACUGCCGCACAAAUACUAUAUAGUAUGGCGAAGUCUCUGAGCGAGACGCACGGCGCCCCUCAGGAGUACAGGCGUUUCGUCGACUAUCUCUACGAGAUGGGCGCCUUGAUGAUGCAAAUACACUCGAUCGUAUCCGAAUCGCCGAAUGCGGGACUAAGGAAGACCAUCCUAUCCAAGAUCGCCGAGUGUUGCUUGCAGGUAGAGAAAGGGCUGGACCGCGUGGCGAAAUUGGAACCACUGGCCAAGGUCCCAGAACCUGGCAGUGUCAGCCCUGGUAAAGCUAUCCGACGGGGCCUUCACAAAGUAGAGUGGCACUUCCGGUAUCGUGGUGACGUCGCGAGAGUUCAAGAGGAGAUGCAAACAGUGCUUCAGAGUUUGCAGGUCUCGGUGACGUCCGCCAACUACAUGAAGGCAACCGACAUUGGACAACAGGCGUCAGCGAUUCACGAAGAAACUCGUGCCACGCGAGUGAUGCUUGAUCUUAUGGUGAACGGGAGUCUACGUGCACAGCAUCAAGUCGUCACCCUGAACGCGAAUCUCUCGAGCACCCGUGUUAACGUGGAGACGAUGGGUCAGAACAUAGUUCAGAUGGUCAACCGUGCUUCGGCGAUACAAGAGGACGUCCGUGCGGCGCGUAGAGACUCCGUUGAGAUCAGCGCCGACGUCCACAAGUUGGAUUUCGCGGUCAUGGAAGCAAUGGGGAUUGUGUCAGCCGUAUACGAAGACACCCAAACACUUUUGGCGAACAGCGCGACAGUGGGCGUCGAAACUUCACGGACUCGCGCUGAUAUCCAGAACUUGGAUCGGAAAACCACGGAGAUGCUGCAUACUUUAUCCGCCGUUCAGGAGGGCCUCGUCGCGGUACAGAGUCGUCUCUCGGGAGCCGAUAACCCUCUGCCAGUGGAGAGGGUCUGCCCUUGGUAUCCCCCACCUGUUCCGCAUAUCGAGGUUACGCCGUCAAGUCCAUCACCGCACGCCGUUGUCGAAUCAUCUCCCAAAGGAGCGCACCCUCCCAUAGGAGGUCUCUUCCCGGGUUCCGUCAGUCCUGCGCCGAGUUAUGCGUUCGACCUGGAAUCCGAUCAAUGGGUCACGGACAAUGGACUUCAGUUGCACUGGCAGUUACUCCCCUACAACGACCUGGGUCUGGACAGACCGCGCUUGUAUUUCGACAUACGCUAUGACUUGAGCGAGGCGUAUCACGUCCGUGACGGGCGUGGGUCACCUAUCCCUGAUAUGUACCUGGAGAGAUUCGCGACUCGACGUCCGAUACCUCGGAUGACCUUCACCAUCGAUGGCCUAUCUGGGUGCUAUAUCGUUAUCAACAGACCUCAAGGUGUUCGUGUCCGCGACGUACUACAUCGAGUUCAAGAGGUGCUGCAAAUACCGCUAACGCUCAGCGAGAAGAGGGACGACUAUCUGGGGCGCGUGAAACGUGGUUGGUCACAUUACGAGGAGCGCGUUGGUCAAGAGCGUCUACGGGACGCUGCGUUCGUCGACGCCGGGAUGCGGCGCCUCGACCUACUUGAAUCCCGAUUCGUCUUCGACGGUUGCCAGUGGCGUCCGCCAAGGGAGGGUUACCCUCACGGGUCGUGGACCCUGAUGUUCACUCAUCCGGUAUGGCGCUACGAGGAGCAAACUGGAUGA